AUGUUCACCACGGUUGUCAGUGCUCCGCGCACCUCCUCUCUGCUCCCCAUCUUCCCCCACCCACACUCCAGUUUCCUCCUCUCCUACUUCCGUGCCCGUACUUCCAUUCCUUCCCCGCUUCCCCCAGUGACACCCCCCCUCUCCCCGACACCGGCCAGUGGCUCCUCCUCGCCCUCAACAGCCACCUCCCCGCACCCCUCCCCGCGCCCCUCACCACCUAUUCCUUCCCCCGUCCCCCUCCUCUCCCCCACCCCCCCACCCUUCCCCCAGUGGCACCCCUCCUCUCCUGACACCGGCCAGUGGCUCCUCCUCGCCCUCAACAACCACCUCCCUGCGCCCCUCGCCCCUCCCUUCCCCCCUUCCCCCAUUCAUCCCUCCCUCCCCAUACAGUGGCACCCCUCCUCUACCCGACACGGGCCAGUGGCUCCUCCUCGCCCUCAGCAACCACCUUCCUACUCCCCGUGCCCCGUCCCCUCUCUCUUCCCCUCCCCCCCGCCUCCUCCCUCCCCAUACAGUGCCACCCCCCCUCUCCCCGACACCGGCCAGUGGCUCCUCCUCGCUCUCAACGACCACCUCCCCGCGCCCCUCACCGCGCUCCUCCGCGCCCGCCUAGUCGAAAUGCACGAUUUCCUCAUGCUCUUCAUGCUGCUCGCCUUCUCCGUCCUCUUCAACUGCAUCCCCCCUUCGGGGAUCGGCCUCGGCGCGCGCUACUGCUUCACCAUUGGGCUCAGCCGCUUGCUCCGGUUCCUAACCUUUGCUUCGACGAUCCUCCCGGCGGUUCGGCCGUGGUGCGCCGUGGUUCGGUUCGGGAGCACGAGUCCGAGGCACCCGCACCCCUGGGCUCAGAAGUAUUUUGUGCCGUAUGCCACGGACCACGACAUGCUACACCAAGUCAUCUCCACUGACGUCGCAUUUGCCCCCCAGGUGCACUACCCACCUGAGUAUCAACCUGACUGGGGCGCUUUCCAGUUCCUGGUGGACUUCCUUCGUCCCAUGGACGCCCGCGCUCACCACGGCGCCGCCGCUUCCUCUGGCGCCUUCAGCAGCUUCGUCAUCCGCCCCUACGGCGGCUGCAACGACCUCGCCUUCAGCGGGCACAUUAUCGUCGCUGCACUCACUGCCUGCGCCUGGCAGGUUUCUCUGGUCGUGCCCGCCGCCCCCGCCCACAAGGAGGGAGGCUUUUGGGGCGGCGCUUAG